AACUCAGCCUUGAAGUCAAUGUUGUGGCCCGUAUUCUACAUCUUCCUCAACUGUAUUACUGUUUUGCUCGCUCUCCAUCCUCCCUGCACCGUUUGUUCAUCUGUUUCUCGGCCUGUGCAGAUAUUUUGGCCUUCGUCACGCGAUCCCAUUCAUGAAGUAUUUCACUUCGAUUUCCCUGUAUCUGGUUCAUGCAUUUUCGGCUGGUACAUUAUAAUCCUCGAAGGCUUCAUUUUAGGGUUUUCUAAAAUUGGUUGCCCUUCCAUGGCUAUCAGAGGAGUCGAUUUUAAGUGGUACGAUGGGUUUUUCUUGUCGAUGCUCGCCACCAGCGUAGUUAUUGUCGCGAUUAAUUGGAAGCGGUAUCAUACCUGUACACACCCUUUGCACAUAUGGAUUGUGGUUGACUACUCUACUGUGUUUAUCUUUCGGUUGAUGAUGUUUGUUGAUAAUGGACUUUCUGCCGGAAUGGGUUUAGACUUUGGGUGGCAACAGAGAUAUGCCCGCUUCUGUGGAAGAGUAGUGGUCCUUUCAAUACUUGCUUUGCUUCUAUAUCCAUUUCUUUGGGCUUGGACUAUCAUUGGUACAUUGUGGUUCACUAGUGCCAGGAACUGCUUGCCUGAAGAAGGUCAGAAAUGGGGCUUCCUCAUCUGGUUACUUUUCAGCUACUGUGGACUACUUUGCGUUGCUUGCAUGUCAUUAGGCAAGUGGUUGGCCCGAAGACAAGCACAUUUGUUACGUGCCCAGCAGGGUAUUCCUGUGUCUGAAUAUGGAGUUCUGGUGGACAUGAUCCGAGUGCCUGAUUGGGCAUUUGAAGCUGCUGGUCAGGAAACAAGGGGUAUGGGCCAAGAUGCUGGCGCAUAUCAUCCUGGUCUAUACCUAACCCCGGCUCAGAGAGAAGCAGUUGAAGCUUUAAUUCAGGAACUCCCAAAGUUCAGGUUGAAGGCUGUUCCAACUGACUGUAGUGAAUGCCCCAUCUGCUUAGAAGAAUUCCACGAGGGGAAUGAGGUCCGUGGUCUGCCUUGCGCUCAUAAUUUUCAUGUUGAAUGCAUUGAUGAGUGGCUUCGCCUUAAUGUAAAAUGUCCUCGGUGCCGCUGUUCAGUAUUUCCAAAUCUUGACCUUAGUGCUCUGUCCAAUCUCCGUCCUGAAUCAGAACGAUCUUCUGCCAGUGUUGUAACGACAACAAGAUAUGUGAGAGGUCAACCCUCUAGUCAGAGUUAUUUGUUGAGAUUACAGGGUCUGCUCCGCCCAGUGCGUUCAGAAAUCGCUGGGCCGGGUGGUGAGGUGCGUAAUACUUCACAAAAUGCAGAGAAUGGUAGUGUGCCUGUCGUAACACGAAAUGCAUCAAUUGGAGACCAAGGCCGUUCAGUCGAAUGCAUGCCUGUCAGUCUCUCCUCUGCACCAAACUAGAAUGACAUUUUCAUUACUUCUGUCAUACUUUAAAUCCAUUCUAAGAAAUUGAAGUCGAGUAUCCAUAUCUGGCCAUUUUAUGAAGCUAUAUAAAAUGGUAUAUACAUAACCAGAAAUUUUCGCAUUUGAUCCAUGAUGAAAUGGAUCUAUUUCCUUCUGCGGGAAGUGACAGAAACCUGAAAAUACCAGCCCGCCCGGCCCAAAAAGGAAAGGUGGGGCGGGCAUCCGAGCCUUUUGGUAUUUGUUUUUCUCUUAGCUAACGUAGAUUAGAGAUGCAGACGUGUAAUUGUUUUUUGUUCAGCGCAAUGUAAAGAGUUAAAAAUAAUUGUAAGUUGAAUUUGGUCCCU